AUGUAUCCGACAUCAGUUUUUUUACCCAGAUGUCAGAGUGCGAAUGCCGCUGUUAACUUAGGUAUGGAAAGACCAGACCUAGAUAACAAUUUCACUAACAGUAUACAAAGUUCGCUCAGCGGUUCUAUCAAUAUAGUUCAAACGAAUUCCCAAGAUAAAACCGACCCCAACCAGAAACCUAGAGAGAAGAGCAAGCUCAGAGACGUGCGAGUGAACUCCGCUCACAGUAAAAUAGAAAAAACUGAAAAGAAAUCAAAAAACGAAACGCCCAGGAGUACGCCGGAGCCGAAGAUGUUUUUUUCCAGACCAGAACGCCAUCGCCGGCCAUCGGAAGACAGAGACCUCGGUACCGACAAACGUGAUCAACAGUGUGUCCGUGACGAGCAAACAAGACACGAAGACCAGCGAGGCUCCCAAGAAACAAGAUUUUUUUAG